AUGCAAAUCCUCAAAGCACUGAUCAUUUCCUCAAUUCUUUUGUGCCAAUCAUGGAGGAACCAUGACACCGGCCAAGAUAGCUCCUGGUGCUGUUCCUUUGCUCCCAUUUCUCACUUUUCUCCCUUCGAGAUCCCAUACUGUCGCUCAAUGUCAUCUGACACUCCCAACACAUGUGUACCUGCUGAGGAUCAAGCUUUUCAGGAGGUCCUUGGCUGUGGAAGACAGCCCAAAAAUCCUGAGUGCAUGAAUGCUCUUAUUCAAGCUGAACAUGAAGAUGAUGAUCAGCCUCCGCAUUGCCAUUGCCGACCUCAUCGUUUACCCAAAAAGAACACCAUUAGCAAUGACAACAACUUCUUUUCGACUCUUGCAGUCAAGGACACUUCAGAUGCCGCUGACAGUGAUUUCGAAGGGGAUAGUUCUGAAUCUUGCUUGGAGUCAUCCUCAUCAGACUCUAACAGUGAUAUUCAGGAGAUAACAAACAUGGAACUUGCCACAAUUUUUCCUAUGAAAACUGUACCACAGUGA